GGUUUGUGUGUGACCAGUCCUAUACUGCAGAGACCUGCUGCAUCCCCUGCCCAUAACCUCACACCAACCGGAAAUCUUAUCAUCAUCUGACGGUUUGAUGCGCCCUUCGUCAUGUAUAUAAGCGCGUCAUCGUCAGCGGCGCUGCUCAGAGCUUCUAGGGUUCGUUUCUCAUCAUCCUUAUCUUUACCUUCCAUUUCCAGAACCCUAACUUCUCCUCUUCCUCACCCUUCCUCUCCUUCACUCCUCAAAGCCCGAUCACUUUGCUUCUCCACUGCUUUCCGUUCCAUCCGAACCUCAGUUCCUCGCUGGAGCCACGGUGUCGAUUGGAGAUCUCCUGAUAGUCUUAGGGCUCAGAUCAGGACAGCUGCUCCUGUGAUUGAACGCUUUCAGCGCAAGAUCGCUACUAUGGCUUCUGAGAAUACUUUCAAGGGAAUCUUAACCAGUCUGCCCAAGCCUGGGGGUGGCGAGUUUGGAAAGUACUAUAGCCUAACAGCUCUGAAUGAUCCAAGGAUCGAUAAAUUGCCGUACUCCAUCAAGAUCCUUCUUGAAUCGGCAAUCCGUAACUGUGACAACUUCCAAGUCACCAAGGAAGAUGUUGAGAAGAUUAUUGAUUGGGAGAAUUCUGCUCCCAAACAAGUGGAGAUUCCUUUCAAGCCUGCCCGUGUUCUCCUGCAGGAUUUUACUGGUGUACCAGCUGUGGUUGACCUUGCUUGCAUGAGGGAUGCUAUGAACAAGCUUGGCAGUGAUUCUAGCAAGAUUAACCCCUUGGUUCCAGUGGAUCUUGUUGUUGAUCAUUCCGUUCAGGUGGAUGUAGCAAGAUCAGAAAACGCAGUGAAGACAAAUAUGGAUCUUGAAUUCCAGAGGAACAAGGAGAGAUUUGCUUUUCUUAAAUGGGGAUCUACUGCUUUUCACAACAUGCUUGUUGUUCCUCCAGGCUCUGGUAUUGUCCAUCAGGUUAAUCUGGAAUACCUUGGUCGGGUUGUAUUCAACACUGAUGGUCUGUUGUACCCUGAUAGUGUGGUUGGAACUGAUUCCCAUACAACUAUGAUCGAUGGGUUAGGAGUUGCUGGAUGGGGAGUUGGAGGAAUUGAAGCAGAGGCAGCAAUGCUUGGCCAGCCCAUGAGCAUGGUAUUACCUGGUGUUGUUGGGUUCAAGUUGACCGGAAAGUUCCUAAAUGGGGUCACAGCCACCGACUUGGUUCUGACUGUAACUCAAAUGUUGAGGAAGCAUGGUGUUGUUGGCAAGUUCGUUGAGUUCUACGGUGAGGGUAUGGCUGGAUUGUCAUUAGCUGACAGGGCCACCAUUGCCAAUAUGGCUCCUGAGUAUGGAGCAACAAUGGGUUUCUUUCCUGUUGAUAAAGCUACUCUGCAAUAUCUUAAACUGACUGGAAGAAGUGAUGAAACUGUGGCAAUGAUUGAAGCUUAUCUACGUGCCAACAAUAUGUUUGUUGACUACAAUGAGCCUCAACAAGAAAGGGCAUACUCAUCUUUUCUAGAGUUGAACCUGGGGGAUGUUGAACCCUGUCUUUCAGGACCAAAAAGACCUCAUGACCGAGUUACUGUUAAAGAAAUGAAGGCUGAUUGGCAUGCUUGUCUGGAUAACAAAGUUGGAUUCAAGGGUUUUGCUGUCCCAAAGGAAUCACAGGAAAAAGUUGUGAAAUUCUCAUUCCAUGGGCAGCCUGCAGAGCUCAAGCAUGGGAGUGUUGUCAUAGCAGCCAUCACCAGCUGCACAAAUACUUCGAACCCGUCUGUAAUGCUUGGUGCUGCUCUUGUUGCGAAAAAGGCCUGUGAGCUUGGUUUGGAGGUCAAGCCAUGGGUUAAAACAAGUCUUGCACCCGGAUCUGGAGUUGUCACAAAAUAUCUGCUCCAAAGUGGCCUUCAGAAGUAUUUGAAUCAGCAAGGAUUCCAUAUUGUUGGUUAUGGCUGCACCACAUGUAUUGGGAAUUCUGGGGAUCUGGAUGAAUCAGUUGCUUCUGCAAUUACAGAAAAUGAUAUUGUUGCUUCAGCUGUGCUUUCAGGAAACAGAAACUUUGAGGGUCGUGUGCAUCCCUUGACCAGAGCUAACUAUCUUGCUUCACCUCCUCUAGUUGUUGCCUAUGCACUUGCCGGCACGGUCGACAUUGAUUUUGAGAAAGAACCAAUUGGAGUGGGGAAGGAUGGUAAGAGUGUCUAUUUCAGGGAUAUAUGGCCAACCACUGAAGAAAUUGCAGAGGUUGUCCAAUCCAGUGUGUUGCCUGAUAUGUUUAAAAGCACUUAUGAAGCUAUCACAAAAGGCAAUGAAAUGUGGAAUCAGUUGUCAGUUCCAGCUUCCAAACUUUACUCAUGGGACUCUAACUCGACCUACAUUCAUGAGCCUCCAUAUUUCAAGGGCAUGACGAUGGAGCCACCUGGUCCACACGGAGUAAAGGAUGCUUAUUGUUUGCUCAACUUUGGUGACAGCAUCACAACUGAUCACAUCUCCCCAGCAGGGAGCAUCCACAAGGACAGCCCUGCUGCGAAGUACCUCCUUGAGCGUGGAGUGGAUCGCAGAGACUUCAAUUCUUAUGGCAGCCGAAGAGGGAAUGAUGAAAUCAUGGCAAGAGGAACCUUUGCCAAUAUUCGCCUUGUCAACAAGCUAUUGAAUGGAGAAGUUGGCCCAAAGACAGUUCACAUUCCAACAGGGGAGAAACUCUCGGUAUUCGAUGCAGCAAUGAGGUAUAUGGCUGCCGGUCAGGACACCAUUGUGCUGGCUGGAGCAGAGUAUGGCAGUGGAAGCUCUCGUGAUUGGGCUGCAAAGGGCCCAAUGUUAUUGGGAGUUAAAGCAGUAAUUUCCAAGAGCUUUGAGAGAAUCCAUCGUAGUAAUUUGGUGGGCAUGGGUAUUGUCCCUCUCUGUUUCAAGGCUGGUGAGGAUGCAGACACACUCGGCUUGACAGGUCAUGAACGCUACAGCAUUGACCUUCCAAGCAAAAUCAGCGACUUAAGGCCUGGUCAAGACGUGACUGUUGUGACUGACACUGGCAAAUCAUUUACCUGCACAGCACGCUUUGACACAGAGGUGGAGUUGGAAUAUUUCAAUCAUGGGGGCAUUCUUCCAUAUGUGAUCCGGAAUCUGGCCAAGUAAAUACCGGUAGGGGAAAAUUUUUAAUCAUGGAGCUACUGCAUUCAGCAAGGUUUGUUUUUCUCGAAGGGAGUUUGUGAGAAGACUGGUGCAUGUUCAGACAAAAUGAAUCUGGGGAAUAUUUUAACUGCACAGGCUACUCAUCAGUGAUAGUUUUGCCCCUUUCUUUUGCAAGGAAUAAAAAAAGUUUUGGAAUAAAAAUAAAAGGGAAAUUAGACUGUAUACGUUCCUCGGAAGUGGGAUGUACACAUAGUGAUUAGACAUGCAUUUUACAAUUUGGUUUAUCAACAGAUGAGAAACUAUUCAGUGAACAAAACUGUUCUUAUGUUGAACAUAUUGUUCUUUAAUUCGAGGCAUUUUUCAAAUUUCAA